AUGAUGCACAUUUCAAGAUUACUGAUAAUUAUGGUACUUUUGGAAUUCACCAUCCUGGUACAAGCAUUCCUAUUUGGUGGUUGUUGUUGUGAAUGUGGUAUACCAAUGCCACAAGCUUGUGGAUGUGCAACACCUCCACCAUUGCCAAUCUGUCCACCGCCAAUUCCUUGCCCACCACCACCAAUAUGUCCCAUCUGUCAUAAAUGUCCCUUACCACCACCUUGUCCACCACAACCUCUUACUUUAUGCCCUCCAUCUUAUCCUGUUUAUUUACCAUCAUCCGGUUGUAAUUGUGGCAAUGCAAAUACUGCCGUCGGCGGUUUUACUUCAACUAAAAGUGAAAGUCAAAAUUUUGGACUACCACAAGGUGGAUCCUACAACAUUGGACGGAACGGUCCACAAAAUAUUGGACUAGCAGUUGCACGUGGUGCUUCACCACCAUCUGCACACCCGCAUCAUUUACUAGGAUUCAAGACAGAUACAGAGAAUGCUGUGGAUAUCCAACAAGUGCCUUCUAUUCAAGCUGAGAAAUCAGAUGAUUUCACAUUUCCGGAUUCUGAAGUUACUCACCAAUUAUCAGCAUUAUCAUCAACAUUAGCAUCAGUAACGGAACGAAGAACUCGUGGAACCGUAAUGAUUUCCGAAAACAAGUGUAACAGCAUAGUACUGAGGGAUUUACUUACAAAGUAUAUGGAUCAAACGGAUCCGGUAGUAUCCAAACGAUCAAUACAUAAAGCAGCUCGAGAAAGAAUGAAGGAGGAUGAAGUGGACAUCAUCUGUUCGGAUGCAGGCUUUACAUACAUUGUCAGUACCACCGAAUAUUGUGAAGCGCAAAAGGAAAAAGUUAUUUGUUUCGUGUAUAAAAAACCAUAUUAA